AUGCCGCUCACUCCUUUAUCAGAAAGUGAUUCACCUCUUCAUACCGUUGGGGAUACGUAUAUUAAUCCCUUUGAAAUUUCAUCAGAUAUUCCAACAGAUCCUAAUACGAUAAUAGAACCUGAUGAUGUGGAUCUUUCGUCUCCUUUUGCUCGUACAUCGUCUAACAAGCCCAGAAGCUCACCAAAAUCAACGACUAUUAAUAUAAACUCACCUUCUGUGACAGGGUCGAUAGGUCAUAUCCCCAGGCGUUUUGCUACAGAUACUCUUGAUGAACCAGUGGCGGAAACAAUUCUCAGAGACUUGCGGAAUAUUGCACUUAAAUUGCGACAAGUCCUUUAUCCUAAAGGCAACCAAGAUGUCUUACGAGAUUGGGAUUUAUGGGGUCCGUUAAUUCUUUGUCUGACGUUAGCCUUGCUCCUGAGUUUUAAUGCAGAAGAAGUUUUUGAAGGGGACCAAAAAGUUUCGGUGUUCACUGGUGUUUUUGUUAUUGUGUGGUGUGGAGCGGUUGUUGUGACGGUAAACGCGAAGCUUUUAGGAGGUACUAUGUAA